AAUAUAUAUAGAACGCUACUCAAAGUCUCAAACCUUACGGUUUACCAAAUAUGCUAGACGCCAUAGCUAACUGUAUCUCAAUUUUUCUUCUCUUAACUCUUUCCACUGCCACUACUCAAACGCAGCCACCUUACAAUCCUACUGAUUAUUUUUUCCUUAGUUGUGGUUCAUCUUCUAAUGACCAGACUGAUACUCAAGGCCGUCUCUGGGAAAGCGACUCGCACUCGAAACAUUAUAACAACACAGAAGACGUAUCUUCAGUAUCCAUUGCCUCAGAACACGACUCUUCUGUUCCCAAAGUCCCUUACAAGACCGCCCGAAUCUUUCACUCCAAAUUCAGCUACUUAUUUCCCUUAUCACCCGGACCAAAGUUUCUCCGUCUUUACUUCUAUUCAGCCACGUACGCCAACCUCAGUAUAUCUGAUUCUUUCUUCUCUGUCACUGCCAAUGAUUUUAUUCUCCUGAACAACUUCAGUGUUUAUCUUACUGCUUCGGCUAUCAAGGAUCCACCUCAACCCUAUUUCGUAAAAGAGUUCAUCAUCAACGUGGGCAACAACCAAAAGCUGAUCAAUAUAACCUUCAAUCCAUCUCCAAGCUCUUAUGCGUUCAUUAAUGGCAUGGAAAUCGUUUCCAUACCAGACAAUCUCUACAUUAGCAAUACAGAUGUUAAAUCCAUCAACUUCGUAAAUAACCUUGCAAUCCCAUUCUCCAUUCCAAACCACACUGCUCUUGAGAACGUUUACAGGUUAAACGUCGGGGGUCAGGAUGUACUCAGCAUAAACGACACUGGAUCAAUGUUCCGAGCUUGGAAACAGGACUUGAAUUACAUAUAUAGUUACAAUGUUGGGACAGUUCCUCAUCUUCCUAAUGUUACAAUCCAGUACAACAACGACACACCUGCCUACACUGCUCCGGAGAUCGUUUACACCACCUUUCGGGAAAUGGAUCCAAAAAGUGAAAACAACACCAAGUACAAUCUCACAUGGCGCUUCCCAGUGGACUCCGGGUUUUACUACCUCGCUAGGCUUCACUUCUGCUCGAUUCUUAACGAGGUAACUCGAGAGAACCAAGUAGUGUUUAAUAUUUAUAUGAAUGGAAUGACUGCUCAGCCACAAAUGGAUGUAAUACAUUUCACCGAUGGUUCAAAAACUCCCAUGCACAUAGACUAUAUUAUACUUAUCAAAGAAGAUUUUUUAAUGCUCGAGUUGCAACCUGCUUUGGAGGUAAAACCAGAUUAUUACAACGCUAUACUCAACGGUGCCGAGAUAUUUAAGCUGAAUCGAUCAGAAGGCAGUCUUGCUGGGCCCAACCCUCCAGAGCUGGACCAAAAUCACAAACCAAAGCUAAGCCAAGUAAUAAGGAAUAGUAAAAACAAGCUCUCGCUAGUUGUCAAAGCUAUCACAGUUUCCGGAGUUGUGCUUGGUUUGUUAUUCGGUGUACUUUCAGUGAUAUUCUUCUUUAUCCUCCGCCGGAGAAGGACAUCGCUCGAACCAUCAUCCAAGAUAUGGAAAGGUUCUUCUCUACCCUCCAAGCUGUGUCGUCACUUCACCAUCACGGAGAUCAGAAUGGCCACAGGCAACUUCGACGAGCGACGUGUCAUCGGAUUCGGAGGCUUCGGCAACGUGUACAAAGGGGACAUCGAUGGCGAUAUCGUCGCCAUAAAGAGACUAAACCCUUCGUCGAAGCAAGGAGCUAAAGAGUUCAUAACCGAGAUAGAGAUGCUGUCCAAGCUAAGACACAUGCAUCUCGUGUCUCUCAUCGGUUACUGCGACGAUCACGGCGAGAUGGUUCUCGUGUACGAGUACAUGUCACGAGGAACCCUCCGUGAUCACCUGUACAAGUCCGAUAACCCUUCUCUUCCGUGGAAACGGAGACUCGAGAUUUGCAUCGGUGCAGCCAAAGGAUUGCAUUACCUCCAUACUGGGGCGAAGCACAUGAUUAUUCACCGAGACGUGAAGUCAACGAACAUACUUUUGGACGAGAAGUGGGUCGCCAAGGUUUCGGAUUUCGGGUUAUCCAGGACGGGUCCGAUUACGGAAUCGGUGACCCACGUUAGCACCGCCGUAAAGGGUAGUUUCGGGUAUAUGGAUCCGGAGUACUACAGAAGGCAACAGUUGACUGAGAAAUCCGACGUGUACUCGUUUGGUGUGGUGUUGUUUGAGAUUUUAUGUGCUAGGCCAGCUCUGGCGCGUAAUUUGCCGAAAGAGGAAGUGGGCCUGGCCAACUGGGCCCAGAAAUGUUGCAGAAAAGGGAUAGUUGAGCAAAUAAUUGAUCAGAAUUUGAUUGGCGAGAUGGUGUCGGCGGUGUGUUUGAAGAAGUUUGUGGAGAUAGCCCUGAGCUGCUUGGAAGAUGACGGAGCUGAACGGCCGUCGAUGAAUGAUGUGGUAGGAGGACUUGAAUUCGCUUUGCAGCUUCAAGAGAAUGCUGAGAAAACUAUUAAUAUUUGUGGAUUAGAGAUGACGGCGAUUAGUACGCCGUUUGGUGAAAGUGGUGACGACUCGUUUUCUUUGGAUUCUAGUAAUACGACGUUCUUUAUUAGUAGUAGUGGGACGAGUAGGGAGGGACCUGAUUCAGAUAAGUAUUACUAACGCAUUGUAUGCCAAUAUAUAUAUAUAAUGUGGUCGUAUGACUAGGAAUCUGUGUCUAAAUCUAUAGGCCGGUAAUUAUUAUUAGUUUAUAAACAUGCAAAAAGAUUUGUUUCUAUUAAUGUUUUGAUCCAUUUGGUGUUACAAGCCAAUUCUUUAUGUGCCUCCGAA